UCCACAAAUAACAUAUUUUUAUAGAAAAAUUUAGUGUCGGGUCAUAUAUAACGAAGUGCCUCUGAGUGUAGUAUACUCAGUGAUGAAACGAAACCACAAGACUUUACACAAGCGAGGUUUUACCAAAGUAUAAAAUGGCUGCAAAUGAGUUGUGUACAACUAUAUCUGUGCAGAUGGGCACCUUAACAAAUAUCUGUUCAAUGUUUAGAUCUGCGCGAUUUUGUGAAAAAAGAUAAAGGUGAAUCGUAACCACAUGGAAAUUCCAUUAUUUUCAUAAUAAUACACUGGGGCAGUACUGUGUAAAGUCAAUGCCGUAGGGAAGGCUAACCAGUAAUUGUGCAAAGAAUCUGAUUUAUCUGAGUCUUAUUUAUAUAAAGGCAGUGCUGACAUGUGCGUAUUGGUUCAUUAAUGAAUUAAUACAGUACACCCCAAUUAAAUGAUACAUAAACGUUAAAUAAAAAAAGCAAUCAAAAAUAAAGCCCUAAGUUUGAGCAUAAACAUAAACCUGAAACGUUCAGACAUUUCAAAAAUUAAGCACUCCAUCACCAUCUUGCGAAAACGGUGAACAAUGUCGUCACAAGAUUGAUCCUUAUAAUUAGGUGUUAUUGAACAAGUAGGAUCUACGGGUUCCAAAGUUUACAUAGAGGUGACAGUAGAACGGAAAAUGGUAUUACAGGAUUUUAAAUUGUUUUGUACAGUUUUGUGGCGCGGCGACCUAUUGGAUUUCAAUCCGUCGUAUUGAAUGAUUGGAUCUUUUGCAUGUAGAAAGAUGAAUAAAUCACCAUCGUUUGUACAACAGUCGUGUGCAAAACCUAGGAUGUAGAGUCGAGAACUGUCAAUACAGAUGGCGGGCGUAUCAAGAUUGACUAGGUAAAAGAUUUUGCAAUGCUCGGAACCGUGUAGAAUUGGGCCUUUUACAUGGGGUGUUUUUCUUCGGUUUAAACCAUGAGUGUCGGAUCGCUUGCACAUAAAUAGAAGUAUCCAUUGUUUCAAAGAAAUAUCUGUCAUCAUUCUAGGUAGUAAAUUCGCUAUUGUAUUUUAUUAUCAGAUUUUUAUGUUUCUUGUACGUUUAAAUAUGGUGCAGUGAAAUUUUUUUUGUUAGCUCAAAUCCAGCACUUAAGAGUGAUCGGAUCUCUUAUAACAUACGCGUGUAAUAAUCAGUGGUGGCAACGCUCUAAAUGAUGACAAUAUGUUAUUUAUUAAGGUGUCUGUGGAACAUCAAAGGUCAGAAAAUAUCGCCGCUUUGUUCCGAACACUAGAGAAAUUGAGUAAAGGGGGCAUUUACAUGGGUCGCUGAACUUCAGACCGAAAAAUUAACAACCAUGAGUGUCGAGAUCAAUUGCACAUGAGAGAAAUAUGUAUCUUCUGGUAAACGUCCUCUCAUGAGGGUCGAUCUAAUUACCCCUAAGACACCCCACCCCAGACUACCCCCAAGACUUUCACCAAAGACACACCAACGCAACUAUUGUGCAAAUAGAAUUAGUUAAAUGUAUAUUAAAAGUUGAAUUCUAUAUUAUUAUCCCGUCAGUGAUUAUCUAGCAAUUCAUCAGCUAUGUUGUCAGAUUGAUUGCAUUUGCUGGUUUGCCGGUCUUUCUGUUUACUAUGACAUUUUACAUUCUUCAUAACUUUAAAAUCACGAGCGCAAUCCGUUGAAUCGUCUUUCUUCAAACGAUCGAAAACUUGUUUUGGUUUGUCAUUCUCAUUCAGCUGUUUUAGCUUGCCCAUCGUCUUUGGACUUGUUCGUAUGAACGUUUGUUCCAGCCGUGCAUUACCAUGAGGUUGAGAUUCAAUAGAAUAAUUUACCUGGUAUUCAUAAAAUGCAACGCCCACGUAAGGUGGAUCAAACUUCUUCAUGAAGUAGGAAACACGUUUCUUUUUUAAAAGUUGGUUCUCUUUCUAACUGAGUAUAAUAGUUGCUUAAGAUAUUAACUUUGUCGUUCGACUAUUGAUUUUGAAGUUAUCCAUAGUAUACCUUUCCUAAGGACCUAUUUGGGGACCUUUUUACACUGUAUUUGCCAUUUUUAGAUUCUGCACUUUUCAAGUUUCCAUUCUCUUCAAGGACAAACGUUGGCUUCACUGUGUUUCCCUUUUAGCUUCCCAUAUCCCAAUAUCUUCUUUCGCCAAGUAUAUGACUUUUAGAACAUGCAACGAAUAUAACUUGUAUCUUUUUCAUUUACGGGCGUCAUUUAACGAUAUUAUUGCAUGUAUUAUUAUUUAAACUUUAUGACUUAUGUGACAUAAAAAAUACAACAAAAAAAUGAAAGUAAGUUUUAGUAACGAGUCAUAUUUGGUAUAUUCUGUGCUCCGCAGAUAUGACUUUUAUAGAACGUAAAGAAAAGUAAAUAAAAAUAUAAUCCAAUAUAUGGUAUUUUAUAAACUUAUUUUAUUUUAGAUUUAGAUAUCUAUAUCUUUUCUUCACAGUUUUUCCUUCUCAUUAUUCAUUUCCUUGAUUAGCACCAGAACAUUUUGCAUCAGAUUAGAAACAUCAGCUUCUUGGCGUACCGGUAAUUAAAUUGACAGAGUUUAGCUUUUCUUACCGGACUGACCACACGGCCUUUAUCAAGGUUUUGCACGAAAACGAAAUUUCGCUAGACGCUGCCUUAAAAUGCAGGCUAAUCAAAGGAAAGAUGCAGACAAACUGUUUUCGAGUUAUAUGCAAUAUGCACAAAGUAAAAGGCCAGAUAUUGCGGCUAUAGAGGAUCCAGUCAAAAGAGGAGAUGAACUUUUGAAAUGGAUGGAAGAAAUGGAAGAGCCAGAAAAGCUAUUAUUUGAUUUCUGUGGUGACAACCCAAAUAACAAUGUUAAAGUGUUGAGAGACAAAUCUAAACAAGAUGCUGAAGAUGCUCUAAAAAGAAUGGAUGAAGUGAAACAUCUACCAAUAGAAGAUACGAUCUGGCUGAUAGAUGAAAUGAUGGAUUUGAAAGAUGAGGAUGGACAAUCUAUCAGAGCUCUGUCAGUCAGUGACAAGAAGAACUAUAUACUUGGUGCAACAACGGAAAUUGCAAACGAGAAGUCAUUUGUGAAUCAUUGUAGAGAAUUAUUGUGUGUAUGUACGCUUCACCCGAUGGUCGGUCUCCCUAGAAGACCAUUGAAAGUGACCUUCAAAGAUCCAGUAUUAACAGAAAAAGCCGUUGGUUUGAACGUAUCAGAUUUGGGUAUCACAUAUAUGUAUGCAGGGAUAGAACAAAUAGCUGAGUCUGAACCAAUCAGAAUGAGAGAAUGUAGCUUGUGCCGCCUACGAGGAUCUAAAGACCUUUUCAAAAAAUGUUCAUCCUGCCAAGCUGUACUAUACUGUUCUAAGGAAUGUCAGAAGAAAGACUGGUCUCAGAAAGGACAGCUAGCUGCUCACUGUCACAAGAACUGGUGUAAGAAGAUGAAAACCUACAUGUCUAAAUCUGACCAACUUAAACAGUUCCCAUUUACCUUUGCACAAGAGACCACAUGUGAAGACUUUGAUGGUAUCAGAUAUAGAGAGUUUUUAAAGAAGAAUGGUGUGGUUGGAGAAGGUGGCUGGCGUCGGGAAUGUCUGUCAGCUAGCAAGCAAUAUAAAGAUUGUCCAUGCCUCGUUCCUUUUGGUGAACUACCAAAAACAAAUGAUUUGGUGAUAUUACCGGUAGAGUCCACCAUAUUGGAAGAGCAGCCUGACAAAGUGGUAGAAGGUAUAAAUAAUUGGGAAUCCUACUACAAGUGGAGGGGUUUCAGGUUGGAUUCCCCAAUUGCUGUCCUAUUGCAUUGGCCUCUUACCAUAUUCUACAUCAUCAAAUACUGCUUACCUAAUGACAAUGCAGCUUGGUGGGAAGAUUUAGAUGAAGGAAACAUUCUAGUGGACAUUGUUGGUGUUGAAAGAGAAGUGGAAAUACUUGCAAUAUUUAAGGAGCUUGGAUACUUGUUACCAGACUGUACGUUAGACAUACAGAUGUAUGGAAAUGAAAUCUCUAAAGAAGUAGAUGGAGAAGUUUAUGAAGAAAACAAUGUAAAGAUAGAAGUGAUUCGAGGAUUAUAUCACAGAAAAUCAUCUACAGCACGUAAACCUCAUGUUGUCAUUGGGUUCAAUGCAGGUCUAGGAGCUUAUCAGUAUUGGUCACAAACUUUAGUGAAAUUAAGGACACAGAAGACCCCGGCUUAUUUCACUGACUACUGUCAGUACAGUUGUGAAUGUGCUCGCAGCCCGGUUGAAGGGCUUGGACUAGGAACCGUUUCCGAUCCAAUCAUCAACCCAUUCAGAAGUCCCAUUAGAAAACUAGCCGCGGAGAAUGACAUGCCCUGGUACAGCAAUGGCUUUAUAUAUCACCUCCUCUACCCUUGAUGUUGAAAUAAUACUCACUUUUAUAUUACAUGGUGCUAUAAGUUACAAGCUACAUGUGUAGCAACAAAUGUUUUAAGAAAGCUGUUGAUUUGUGUUGAAAUGAACGGGCACAAUUAUUCAUUCAUUCCAACAUGGAUUGCAUUCUUUUCCUCGUUGGACAAGAAAGGAGAUCUGAAGUGCAUUUCACUGCAAUUAUUUCAGGAUAAUUAAAAAAGGAAUGCCCUCAUAUCUUAUGACAUAUAUAAGAUAACAUGUUAGUUGAUAUAAGACACUAAGUAAAUUACUAGUCCACUAAAGGGUGGUAUUUCAAGUCUUUAUCAUAGCCUAUUACCGAAAUGUUGUUAGCUCACCAGAGCCAAAGGCUCGGUGAGCUAUUAGUAUCAAAGAGGGAUGCUCCGGCGUCCAUCGUCCGUCGUCAUGCGUCAACAAUCGUCUUCUUCUCUGAAACUACUAAGCAGAUUUACUUCAAAUUUGCUCUGUAGCAUCCUUGUGACAGUCACAUUUCAAUUUGCUCAUGUCAUUCCAAUUGGCCCAUUUUAGGGGCCACUAAAGCUAAAAAUAGAAAAACCUUUAAACAUCUUCUUCUACAGAACUAAUUGAUGGAUGAUCACCAAACUUUGUCUGUAGCAUUCUUGGGUAGUUUUUUAUCAAGUUUGUUCAUAUGAAUUUGAUUGGCCCCUUUUAGGGGUCUCUAGGGCUAAAAAAAGAAAAACCUUUAAACAUCUUCUUCUUCAGAACUAAUGGAUGGAUGAUCCUCAUACUUUGCCUGUAGCAUUCUUGGGUAGUCUUUCAAUUUGCUCAUAUGAAUUUGAUUGGCCCCUUUUAGGGGCCACUAAAGGUAAAAAUAGAAAAACCUUUAAAUGUCUAUUUCUACAGAACUAAUUGAUGGAUGAUCACCAAGCUUUGUCUGUAGCAUUCUUAGGUAGUCUUUUAUCAAGUUUGCUAACAUUAUUUUGAUUGGCCCCUUUUAGGGGUCUCUGGGGCUAAAAAUAGAAAUACCUUUAAACAUCUUCUCCUACAGUACUAAUUGAUGGAUGAUCACCAAACUUUGUCUGUAGCAUUCUCGGGUAGUGUUUUAUCAAGUUUGCUCAUAUUAAUUUGAUUGGCCCCUUUUAGGGGCCACUAAAGCUAAAAAUAGAAAUACUGUUAAAUGUCUAUUUCUAGAGAACUAAUCAAUGGAUGAUCACCAAACUUUGUCUGUAGCAUUCUUGGGUAGUUUUUAAUCAAGUUUGCUAAUAUUAUUUUGAUUGGCCCCUUUAAGGGGCCGCAAAAGCUAAAAUUAGAAAUACCUUUAAAUGUCUACUUCUACAGAACAAAUUGAUGGAUGAUCAACAAAGUUUGUCUCUAGCAUUCUUGGGUAGUCUGUUAUCAAGUUUGCAGCAUUGUUCAUAUUAAUUUGAUUGGCCCCAUUCAGGGGCCGCUUAAGCUAAAAAAAGAAAAACCUUUAAACAUCUUCUUCUACAGAACAAAUUGAUGGAUGAUCAACAAAGUUUGUCUCUAGCAUUCUUGGGUAGUCUGUUAUCAAGUUUGCAGCAUUGCUCAUAUUAAUUUGAUUGGCCCCUAAAUACCGCUUAAGCUAAAAAUAGAAAAACCUUUAAACAUCUUCUACUUCAGAACUAAUUGAUGGAUGAUCACCAAACUUUGUCUGUAGCAUUCUUUGGUAGUCUUUUAUCAAGUUUGCUCAUAUGAAUUUGAUUGGCCCCUUUUAGGGGCCGCUAAAGCUAAAAGUAGAAAUACCUUUAAACAUCUUCUUCUACAGAACUAAUUAAUGGAUGAACACCAAACUUUGUCUGUAGCAUUUUUGGGUAAUCUUUUUUCGAGUUUGCUCACAUUAAUUUGAUUGGCCCCUU